AUGGCUGCCGUGCCGCUUUCGGAUCGAAAUCAAGAUGCAACCGUUUACGUUGGUGGUCUCGACGAGAAAGUGACAGACGCUGUCUUAUGGGAGUUAUUCGUUCAAGCUGGCCCAGUUACUUCUGUCAAUUGUCCCAAAGAUCGAGUCACCGGAGGACAUCAAGGAUUCGGCUUCGUUGAGUUUAUGAGUGAAGAAGAUGCGGACUAUGCAAUCAAGAUCCUCAACAUGAUCAAGUUGUAUGGAAAGCCGAUCAAGGUCAACAAAGCAUCGGCCCAAGAAAAGAAUAUGGAUGUUGGAGCCAAUAUUUUUGUUGGAAAUUUGGACUCCGAGGUUGAUGAGAAACUCUUAUUCGACACUUUCAGCGCAUUUGGAGUGAUCUUGCAGGUUCCUAAAAUCAUGCGUGACGGAGAAUCAGGAAAUAGCAAAGGAUUUGCCUUCAUCAAUUUCGCGUCAUUUGAGGCUUCGGAUGCGGCAUUGGAGGCAAUGAAUGGACAGUUUUUGUGUAAUAGGUCGAUCACUGUUUCGUACGCUUUCAAGAAAGAUGCCAAGGGUGAACGACACGGAACGGCCGCUGAACGAAUGUUGGCCGCACAGAAGCCACUCUUUCUCGGAUCCGAUCGGCCGCAUCAGAACUUUGCUGACGCACCAGGGCCAAAGCCAUCUAUGGCUUCAUUACCAUUUCCUAUGGGGGCAAUGGGGUUACCGGCUCCAAUCCCAGCUCCGUUUGCCGCUUUUCAAAUGCCGACGCCUCAUCCGACACCCACUCCAAUGCCGCCUCCACCACCGCCAAUGCCUCCCACUCCUGGUAUGACGCCGAGGCCACCACCACCGCCUGGAUCCGUGCCACCGCCACCACCACCUGGAUGGGGAGCCGGCUUACCGCCACCACCACCACACACACCCGGAGUUGGACCAACACCACCUCCACCACCACCAUCUCGUGGUGGAAUGCCUCCAAUGGGUAUGGGUAUGGGAAUGCCACCCGGUCCUCCUCGAAUGCCGCCACCACCACCGCCUGGUGGUUUCUUCCCUUCUGCACCAAUGGGCGGACCAGGUCGUUUUCCUCCACCGCCUCCUCCACCACCUCAAUCAUCGACACCUAUUCCUCCACCACCUCCACGCGCACCCGUUCCGCCUCCACCACCACAA